ACAAGCUAACAAUCGUUUCAUAAGCUGCAUAUGGAGAAUUAAUUAAGAUGAAUUUAUAUACUAGUGUUUUUAUAUUACUUUUUGAUAUAUAUAUUUGUGAAGCUGGUUAUGGCGCAAUACCUCCAGAACAUGCACAAUCCGAUGUCCAGGCUCCGGAGUAUGUACCGGCGUAUUUGAAAAACCAAAGGUUUACGAAAACAAACUAUCCUAGAAAAACCUAUUCAGGGCGGAAGACCAUGUACUCUGGUACGAAGACCGGUUACGGAGGCACAAAAACUGGUUUUGCUGAAAGGAGAACUUGGCAUUCUUCAGGCACAGGGCCAACGUACAAAGAUUUUUCUAACACCGCUAAUCAAGCAUAUACAGGUCUUUGUGAUAUAGAGUGUAAGAACAAUGGCAUCUGCGUUGAUAAGAACGAAUGCGCGUGUCCACCGAACUUCCACGGUAAAUACUGUGAGUUCGAGAAGAAACCCUGCCUCGUUUACCCACCUUUGCCAAUGAACUCGCAAAGAAAAUGCUCUUCCGAACACUGCACAAUAACGUGUGUAGAAGGACAUAAAUUUAUCGACGGCUCGACAAUAGCAAACAUGCGUUGCGUCGAAGGGCAAUGGAGACCAACGCGAGCAGAUCUGACGUCGAUACCAGAUUGCCAGCCAGAGUGUGAUCCUCCAUGUUUGAAUGGCGGAGUGUGCCUGUCAGUGAAUACGUGCCAGUGUCCUGCAGAUUAUAGAGGACCACAGUGCCAAUACUCCGCCAGUGUGUGUGACGUCCGAAAAUUGGCAUUCAACGGCGGCUACAACUGCUUCGGUGAUAGCGAAAAGUUUUCGUGCAAGUUGAAUUGCCCAAGCGGAGCCUCGUUUAGCACCCCAGCUGUUGAACUGUACACUUGUCUUUAUUCAACUGGAGUCUUCGAGCCACAGCCCAUACCGCACUGCGAGUUUAAUGAAGUUAUCGUGAUCACGCCUUCAAACCAUCGAAAAAUUCCGACUCUAUCUCAAGUACAUUCACAAAAUUCUACUGAUACUACCCCUUAUGAGAUAACAACUCAAAGUGCAGGAAAAUACGGUGGCUACAACAAGCCUGUUACUAUCGUAGUACAAGACUUUACUCCUAAAGGUGGUAGUUGCUUGACCUGGGCUGGCGUCCACUAUAAGACAUUCGACGGGAAAAUAUAUAGUUUCCAAUCGCCGUGCAAGCACAUUCUUGUUCGAGAUAGUACAGAGCAUAAAUACACAAUAGCUAUCAGACACCCCGAGUGCGAGAGACAAGGAUAUUGCCCGGCGGAGAUCAUUAUAUACUUGGAGGAGAAGAUGUAUUCACUAAGUAUCGCUGAAGACGGGUCUGUGAUAUUCCGGAACAGCAAACGCAUGAUCCCGAUGCCUGCCUUCCUACCCGGUAUCAGGGUGUCGAUGCCCAGCGACCAGGUUCUCGUCAACCUCGACGUUGGUGUUACUCUCAAAUGGGAUACUAAUGACCUAGUAAUAGUUGAAGGGUCAGUUCUGUUAUGGAACAAAACGGAAGGUCUUUGCGGGACUCUCGAUGGCAAUCCAGAAAACGACAUGACAACAAAGGAAGGAAAUAUUGCACAGACUAAAUCUGUUAUGAUUGCUUCAUGGGAGCUAAAUAAAAUUGGGGACAUAUGUGACAGUAGUCCGACUGAUGUGAGCGCGUGCCACUCCAAGUCCAACGAGGAUAUGAAGAAUGCUCUAAAGUUCUGUAGCAAAGUCUUCAGUAAGGAUAAGUUCAGAAAGUGUUCGAAGGCUAUGGACGUGUCGCAACUGCUGGAAGUAUGUCAAUGGGACUACUGUGCUUGUACUACGAGCUUGAGCCCAGAGGAGUGCGCUUGCAGGACAGUUUCAGUAUAUGCCAAAGAGUGUCUCAGACAUGGUGUCCAAGAAAUGAGAGCCUGGCGGGACUCUGAGACAUGCCCGAUGAAAUGUCCGGAGGGCAAGAUCUACAAGUCGUGUGGAUCAGACACGCAGCCCAGCUGCACCUUGCCCGAAGUGACACCCAAGGACAACGCCACCUGUGUGGAAGGAUGCUUCUGUCCUGAAGGUCUUCUGCUGGAGAGCGGUCGCUGCGUGCCGAAGAGCGAUUGUCCAUGUCGAGUGAGGAACCAAGCCUUCCCGCCUGGUACUGUUAUACCCAAAGGCUGCAACACCUGUAAAUGUGAAGCUGGCGAAUGGACUUGCACCCAAGUACCUUGCGGUGCCCGCUGCGGUGCAGUGGGUGAUCCCCAUUACACCACGUUCGACGGACUACGAUACAACUUCAUGGGACACUGCACUUAUACGCUGAUGAAAUCUGCAAACAUUACCAUCGACGUGGAGAACGUUGCAUGUUCUGGAGCAAUCACUGAGGCAAUGAAUUUAGCUCCUUAUAAAGGCGAGGGUAAGCCCUCUUGCACAAAAGCAGUGAACCUCGAGUACAACGGAGCCAACAUCCAUCUCAAACAAGGAGGGUUCAUACUUGUGAACGGAAAGGAAGUCAACUCACUGCCCGUUAACGUCGGAGACAUCAGGAUUCGUGCUGCGUCCUCUCUCUUCAUUAUUAUUCAACUGCCUAUCAAGGUAGAUCUUUGGUGGGAUGGAAACACGAGAGUAUUCGUCGAUGUGCCACCCUCGUUCCACGAACAAACGAAGGGCCUCUGCGGAACUUUCAAUUUGAACCAAAAAGACGACUUCUUAACACCUGAAGGGGACGUGGAGCAAUCAGCUCUCGCGUUCGCCAACAAAUGGAAGACCAGGGAGUUCUGUGACGAUGUCAUCACCAAGGAACCGGAGCACCCAUGUAAAGCCAAUAUCGAGAACAAGGAAUCUGCUGAGAAGUAUUGUAGCAAGUUGAAAAGCAAGUUGUUCGAAUCGUGCCACUGGUUCGUGGACGUGCAGCCGUACUACGAGGACUGCCUGUACGACAUGUGCGCGUGCGCGGGCGACGUGUCGCGCUGCCUGUGCCCCGUGCUCGGCGACUACGGCGCCGCCUGCGCGCGCAGCGGCGCGCUCGUGCACUGGCGGUACAGCGUCGCCGAGUGCGAAUUGCAAUGCAGCGGCGGCCAGGAGUACACGGUGUGCGCCGACAGCUGCCUGCGCACGUGCGCGGACGUGGCGCUGUCGGCCGCCGGCGCGUGCCGGCCGGCGUGCGUGGAGGGCUGCGCGUGCCCCGCGGGGCAGGUGCUGGAUAACAACAACGUGUGCGUGCCUGUCGCCCUGUGUCCGUGUUACCACAAGGGAAUGGAGUUCAAACCUGGCUAUAAGGAAGUGCGCGCUGGCAAGCGGGAACGUGAUUUAUGCACCUGCGUGGGCGCCCGCUGGGCCUGCUCGCCGGCCAGCGCGGAGCAGGUGCUGAGCUACCCGCCCGCCGAGGACCUGCGCAGCGCCUGCAGCGCCGCCGACCACAAGGAGUUCACCACCUGCGAAACCAAGGAGCCGCUCACCUGCAAGAAUAUGCACCUCCCACAAACGGUGACAUCGCAAGAGUGCCGUCCAGGAUGUCAGUGCAAGAAGGGCUAUGUACUCGAAGCAACGACCAAAAAGUGUGUGGUACCAACCGACUGUCCUUGCCACCACGGUGGUCAGAGUUAUCCGGAUGGUCACACGAUGCAAGAAGAAUGUAAUACAUGUGAAUGUAAAAGCGGGAAAUGGUCGUGUACCGACCGGAAGUGUGCAGGAGUGUGCGGCGCGUGGGGCGACUCACACGUGACAACCUUCGAUGGGCAGAGUUAUGACUUCGAAGGCGUCUGCACUUAUCUCCUCGCUAAAGGAACUGCGGAUGGAAAAGACGGCUUUAGUGUUGAAAUGCAAAAUGAGCCAUGCGGUACCACCGGUGCGACUUGCUCCAAGUCGGUGACACUUCGUGUUGGCCGUGGAGGUGGUGAUGAAGAAAUCGUCUCCUUAACAAAGAGCGCUCCACUUCCCGACACAUCUAACUUGAAACGGAUAAAGCUCCGUGAAGCGGGCGCGUACGUAUUCUUGGACGUGCCGUCUUUGGCCAUCAGUCUGCAGUGGGACCGUGGACUACGGGUUUACGUCAAAGUAGACUCCAUGUGGCAGAACCGGGUUAAAGGGCUUUGUGGCAAUUACAAUUCUGACAUGCGAGAUGACUUCCAAACCCCCUCCGGUGGAGGGUUUGCCGAAACUUCGCCGCUCAUCUUCGCCGAUUCCUGGAAACUUAAAACGACGUGCCCUAAGCCGCUGGAAGUUACGGACCACUGCAAGGAGCGGCCGCAGCGCAAGGAGUGGGCGUCGUCCGUGUGCGGUGCGAUGAAACGCCACCCGUUCUCACUGUGCCACGCGGAGGUGCCGGCCGGCGCGUUCGUGCGGCGCUGCGAGGCGGACGCGUGCGCGUGCGACGCGGGCGCCGACUGCGCGUGCGCGUGCGCCGCGCUCGCUGCCUACGCGCACGCCUGCGCCGCGCGCGGGGUCGCCUUCAAGUGGAGGACGCAGGACCUCUGUCCAAUGCAGUGUGACGGCGAGUGUACCAACUACCACGAGUGCAUGUCGCCGUGUCCGCCGGAGACUUGUGACAACACACUCGACUACCCACAAAUAAAAACUGUCUGUGAAAAGGACACCUGCGUUGAAGGCUGCAAACCCAACAAGACCUGCACAGAGGGCAUGAUCUACUCUAACUCCUCACUGCAGGAGUGCAUACCACGAGCCAAGUGUAAGCCAGCGUGUAUGACGCUGGAAGACGGUCGCGAGGUGUUGGAGGGUGAGAUAAUAGAAGAAGACGCGUGUCACACCUGCCGCUGCUCCAGAAAGGAGAGAAUCUGCACGGGACAACCCUGUGCUACUGAUGCAGUAACGGAGGGAUCUACUGGACCACCAGAAACGACACCACACGACCAACCGUUACAGUGUAAAACCGGAUGGACGGAUUGGAUUAACCGCGGCCCGCCCGAGAUCGGCUCCGGCGGAGAAUCCGUCGACAACGAACCUUUGCCUAAAAGCAACGAACUUACAAUUGGUUCUCCGAUGUGCAAACCUGAUAUGAUGACUGAGAUUGAAUGCCGAACUGUCGGCGACCACAAGACGCCCAAGGAGACGGGACUCAACGUUGAAUGCAGCUUGGAGAAAGGUCUCGUUUGCUUAGAAGCUGAGAAAACUUGUCCUGACUUCGAGAUCAGAGUCUAUUGCAAGUGUGAAGAAGAACCGUUCCAAUGCCUGAACUCGAGCCACCCCAACCACCCACAUCCCACCGACUGUAGCAAGUUCUACGAGUGCACCCCCGAUAUGACCAACCCGAGCAAACUGCACAGCGUGCUCAAGAGCUGUGGGGAGGGACUUUUAUACAACCCUCAGGUGAUGGUAUGCGACUGGCCAGCCUCCGUGAUAGCCGUCAGGCCUGAGUGCGGGAACCUGACCACCACCACCACUAUGAUAACAACCACUAGUGGCAUCAUUGAGACGGAAGGAACACCCCCGCCUACUACUUCGAGUUCAACCACAACAGAAUCUACGACUCGUCCGUGCCCGCCCGGACAAGUUUUCAAGGACUGCGCGUUCCCUUGCGACAAGCUGUGUGACCAUUUCAAGAUUGACUUGCAGAGUCAGGAUAAGUGCUUAAUUGGAGAUAAAUGCGUUUCUAGUUGUGUGGACGAAGCGGUCGCGAACAUCAAGUGCGAUUUUGGGUCCAUGUGGCGUGAUCGGAAGACCUGCGUGCCUCUAAAAGACUGCACGUGUGAUUACAACGGACAAAUCAUUAAGCCCGGUGGAGUGGUGAACGACGGUUGUCAAAAAUGUCAGUGCUUAGACAACGCAAUGCACUGCGAUUCAACAGAAUGCGUCUCUAUAGAGACUCCUAUCAAGGGCUCGACGCACUCUCCAAUUAUGCUACCAGAGCCGCUGCGCACUCAUCCCCCUACCAGUACAACUACUACAACACCCACAACCACCACAUCUACAACCACUACCACAACUACGACACCCAUCCCCACCACAAUUACCACUAUACGUACCACGAAUGCUACAACAACAUCCGUUCCAACAACAGUACCUAUUGUUGAGACGACCAUUCUUGUAAAGAAUACAGAAACGCCCCCACCGGAAUGCAACCCUGAUAACUACAAGAACUUACUGUGGGAAGGUGACCCGCUGCCGAAGAUUGCGUUCACGUCCAGCUCCUACGCCAGCCCGAUGUUUGAACCGCAGUACGCAGUGUUCAAUGGACACCCGACAACUUCCUCUGCUGGCAGCUGGAACCCAGACCAGUCAGACUCGAAUCCCUACAUUCAGGUGGAGCUUCCUCAGAGGGAGCCAAUAUACGGCGUGAUGAUGCAAGGCAGUCCGCUGUUUAACCAAUACGUCACCAGCUAUGAUAUGAUGUACGGAGAUGAUGGUUCCGUCUUCUCUACUGUCGACGGUCCCGAUGGAAAACCUAAGAUAUUCCGUGGACCGGUAGACAACAAAACACCAAUGAAGCAAAUGAUCGAACCGCCUAUCGAAGCAAAAUUUGUACGAAUCCGACCAAUCACAUGGCAUGAAGAGGUCGCUGUGCGCUUCGAGCUGAUUGGUUGUCAGGAGUUUACAACGACGCCAGCAGAGCCUACAAACUCCGAAAUAACCGACGCUCCUUCAACAUCUACUACUUCUACCACCCCUGUACCUACCACCCCUACAACCGUUACCACACCUAACACCCCGGCUUCAACGCCAGGCGCUGUAAUAACAACUGUUACAACUCCAGUCAUAACUAUACCAACAACCCCGGAACCGUUCCUAAACUGUACGGAGCCUCUGGGCUUUGGAGCGGAACUUCCAAUAGACAUGGUGGAAGUCAGCUCCAACUACGACGCGGUACCUAAAUUAAAACUAGACUCGGAGGGUGGAUGGAAACCUCUCUACAGUACCCCUGGGGAAUGGAUAAUGUUCAACUUUACAUCACCUCGUAAUUUAACCGGCAUCAAGACGAAGGGAGGUCCCUCCGGCUGGGUCACCGCCUACAACGUCAUGUACACCUCGAACCUCUCAACCUUCAACCCACUACUGAACGAGAAGGGAGAGAACAAGCUCGUGAUCGCCAACUUCGACUCGGACAGCGUCGUGUUGAACGAGUUCCGGCCGCCGAUACGCGCGCAGUACCUCAAAGUGCUGCCCGUGAAAUGGCAAAAUAAUAUAGAGAUCAAAGUGGAACCGAUCGGCUGCUUUGAGCCGUAUCCGCCGCCGGCCGAGGUGCGCGAGCAGCGCGUGCCGGCGCCGUGCGCGCGCUGCCCGGGCGCGCCCGGCGCGGCGUGCUCGUGCGCGGCGCCGCUGCACUUCGACGGGGAGAACUGCGUGCCGCGCGACCAGUGCCCGUGUUUCGUCGGGUACAUCCCAUACCCAGUGGGCUCAUCGUACCGCGGCGACGAUUGUGACGAGUGCGUUUGUAAGCUCGGUGGUAUAGCUGACUGUAAGCCCGCCAAGCAGUGUGUCUGUGAACCGGACCUCGUACCAACCCUGACACCAAGUUGCGAAUGCCUCUGUGAGCCUUGUACCAACGGCACCAAGAUCUGCCCCACCAGCAAGCUUUGCUUGCCCCUGGAUAAAUGGUGCGACGGCCUCCAAGACUGCCCCGACGACGAGUUGGCCUGCACCACCUUAGCACCAAUCACUGAGACCGUGGUAACUACCGUCGUGCCGACCGUAGCUGCCACUAUUCCUGUAACUACCACUGUAGCGCCGACUACCACAACCGAAAAACCAAUUGAAUGCCCCAAGGUAGAAUGUCCGCCUGGUUACAUCGUCCGUCAGACUUCUGCGUCACACUCGAGCUAUAAGUCCGCCUUAGACCUGCCACCCCCGAGGCCCAGGUAUUCGUACCAGAGGUUCUACAAGGGCGCUAAGGGAGGAAGAGGAUCUGCCAAGGGUGGAUUCUCCAAGACUAGCUUCUCGAAGGGCGGAUACUAUAGUCCCCCAUCUCGACCACAACGGAACCAAGCGUUCACCCUGGACAAGCCGGCGCUCACCAAUACCCCCAUCGAAAAGAAGGAGUGCGUGCAGUUCAAGUGCAUCCCUCACCUGCCCCCUAUCCCCCCUAAGGGUUCGACGCCGGCGCCGCUCGUGUGCUCGACUCCCGCGUGCCCGCCCACGUACUCGCUGAGACUAGAGAGCGUGCCGGAUGGAGCCAACAAGUGUCCUCAGUACAUCUGUGUGCCGCCACCGGAAAGACCUGUUUUCUGCAACGUAACGGGACGAACAUUUAGCACAUUUGACGGCAGCGAGUACAAAUACGACAUAUGUAACCAUAUACUCGCCAGGGAGAACCGCAUCGGAGAGUGGACCAUUCUACUACGUAAGAAAUGCGACUCAACCAACUGCCAGAACCAGCUGCUGAUUCUACAAGAUAUGGAGCUGAUACUUGUGAAACCAAACAUGAUGAUAGAAUACAACGACUACGAAUAUACGGUGGAGCAAACCAACAAGAUCUGCUUCCAGAAGAACAGCUUCGAUGUGAACCGGCUUGGUGAUGGAAUUGCCAUCAAGUCACGCAAAUAUAACUUCACCGUGCUAUACAGUCAGGACGGCGAUGUGAAGAUUGGGGUGUCGAAAAAAUACAUGGGUCGCGUGGACGGAAUGUGCGGGCUGUUCAACGGCGACGCGCGCGACGACCGCGCCACGCCGGGCGGGCGCGCGGCCGCGUCGCUGGAGCACUUCGGGCGCGCGUGGGGCCGGCCCGGCGCCGCGCCGCGCGACUGCCGCGCCGCCGCCGUGCCCGCGCGCACGCAGCGCCGCGUCUGGGACCUCUGCCGGGUCCUCACGGAAGAACCGUUGUCUCGGUGCGCGAAGGUACUCAACCUGGACAAGUGGCGAAGCAUUUGCUUGGAGAAGAUCUGCAAGUGCGCGGAUCUGGUCAUCGACGGCACCAAAAAGACCGAGGAGGAAUGCAGAUGCCUGUUGGUCGAGAAACUUGUAGCCGAGUGCAUGGCCGCGGAUAAGAACAUCGACGUUUCGAGCUGGAGAAUGCAGAUGGAUUGCCCGGCGGAGUGUCCGCCCCCGCUGGUGCACUACGACUGCUACCGCAGGCGCUGCGAGCCGGCGUGCGGGUCGGGCUCGUCGUGUCCGGUGGAGGAGGGCCAGUGCUUCCCCGGCUGCUACUGCCCCGAGGGCAAGCUGAGGAAGGCCGACCAGUGCGUCACGCCCUCCGAAUGUCUCGACUGCACAUGUACGGGAGUGGGCUCACCAGCCAAGUAUGUGACCUUCGAAGGCGACGACCUGCCCUUCCUCGGGAACUGCACCUACCUCGCCUCCAGGGACACCAAUGAAACUGAAUACCAUAAAUACCAGGUGUACGCGUCCAACGGCCCGUGUGAAGAUAACUCGGCCGCAGUCUGCACUAAGAGCGUUCAUCUCAUACAUGAGAAGAACGUCAUUCAUGUCAACAAAGAUCUGGAAACUGGAAAACUUAUAACGACGGUGAACGGUAAGCCUCUGUUCAAAUACCCACUGACCAACGACUGGGUGACCAUCAGCCAGCUCAACGGUCAAGACGUCAGUGUACUCCUGCCGGAUCAACAUGUCGAACUGACAGUGAUCCAAUCCAAGAUGGAGUUCACCGUGCGCGUCCCGUCCUUCUUGUAUAGCAACCGGACCCAGGGUCUGUGCGGCGUCUGCGCCGGAUACCUCGACCACCUCACCACCAGCAACGGCACCAUCACCGACGACUUCAAUCUGUACGGGAAGAGCUGGCAAGCGAGCCCCGAGGCACUCACGACACUGGAGAUACCGCCGCAGGAGCAGUGCGACGAGCCGCCACCGCCGGAAGAAUGUCCGCCCAUACCGCCCGAGACCAACCCGUGCUACAACAUCAACGACGUCGAUAAGUUCGGAGCGUGCCACGCGCUGGUGGAGCCCGCGCCGUUCGUGGCGCAGUGCGAGGCGGAGCGCUGCGAGCGCGCGGGCGCUGCGUGCGCGGCGCUGCAGCGCUACGCCGCGCUGUGCCGCCGCCAGGGCGUCUGCGUGGACUGGCGCCGCGACCUGUGCCCCUACCCCUGCGAGGCCCCUCUCGUGUACCGACCGUGCGUGGACUGUGAAAGGACUUGCGACAACCACGACGAACUCAGAGACAACCCUAAGAAGUGCGACAAAGAACCGAUUGAAGGAUGCUUCUGUCCGGAGGGAAAAGUAAGAGUUAACAACACGUGCAUCGAACCGACUAAAUGCUUCCCGUGUGACGCGAACAAGGAACACUACGCCGGCGACGAGUGGCAGGAGGACGCGUGCACGAAAUGCACGUGCAGCAAGCUGUCCGCGGAGUCGCGCGCGCACGUGGCGUGCACGACGCAGGCGUGCGCCGCGCCCGUGUGCGCCGAGCGGGGCGAACUGCGCGCGCAGCCCGCGCGGCCCGGCGCCUGCUGCCGCCAGUACUUGUGCGUCGAGAAACCACCGGAUGAAAGAUGCGAGGAACCUAAGAGGAUGGAGUGUGGGUUCGGACAGGUGCUGAAGCAGAAGACCAAACCGGACGGGUGCAAGGAAUUUGCUUGCGAAUGCAAACCGGAGAGUGAGUGCGAGAAGCUCCCCGACGAGAGCGAAGUGGAGAUGUUAGAACCGGGAAUAGAACGCGUAGUGGACACCACGGGGUGCUGCCCCCGCGCUGAGCUCGUGUGUGUUCCACAGAACUGCCCACGACCACCGACUUGCCAAAAGUACCAUACGCUAGAAACUACGAAUGUCACCGGCCAAUGCUGUCCGGAGUAUAAAUGCGAACUGCCGAAGGACAAGUGUGUGGUGACCCUCGAAUGGGAAGCUGCUGCAAAGGGCGGUGAAAAACAAAGAGCGAUACCUCAAGUGAUGCUUAAGGAUAUGGAUUCCGCCUGGCUGGACGGUCCCUGCCGUUCCUGUCGCUGCGAGUCGUCCCCCCUGGGCGCAGUGGCGCAGUGCUCCGUGACGGAGUGUCCCGCCGUCGUCUCCACCGAGCAGUUCGUGCUGGAGCCCCGUCCCGUGCCCUUCGCCUGCUGUCCCGCUGCCGUGCACGUCGCCUGCCGGGACGGUGACAAUAUAUACAAGGUUGGCGAGAACUGGACGUCACCCUACGACCCCUGUGAAUCGUACAAGUGCUCGGAAGUCGAGGAAGGCAAAUUGGAGAAGAUCACAACCGUACAGAACUGUCACACCGAUUGUCAACCUGGUUGGGAGUACUCACCUGCGCCGGCAGACAGUAAGCAGUGCUGCGGACAGUGCCAGCCCGUGGCGUGUGUGGUGGACGGCGUCAAGAGAGACAUCGGGACCUCCUGGACGUCACCAGACUUCUGCACGAACUACACCUGCGCUAAUCUCAACGGAACUCUUCAAGUGCAAAGUAAGAACGAAUCGUGUCCCGAAAUACCGGACGCUGUUAAGAAACAGUUCGUCCUGAGUGAAGAGAAGAUUCCAGGGGAGUGCUGUCUGAAGCAGGAGCCGAUCGCUUGCCGCGUUGGAAACAAAAUUUAUCAGGAGGGUCAAACGUGGCCGUCGUCCGACCCGUGCAAGAACUACACGUGCGCGCGCGACGUGCGCGGCCUGUCGCUGGCGGCGCGCGUGGAGGCGUGCGCGCCGGCCUGCCCGCGCGGCUGGAGGUACGUCGGGCCCGCCGCCCGCGCCUGCUGCGGCCGCUGCGUGCCGGACAAGUGUGUGGUCGGCGACGAACUCAAGGAGCCUGGCACAACAUGGCAGUCCGCCGACAACUGCACGACGUUCACGUGCGAGGGGGCGGAGGGCGAGGUGUACACGACGUCGGCGCUGCACCCCUGUCCCGACGUGUCGGCCUGCGCCCCAGAGGACCUCGUCAACGAGACCUGCUGCCAGGUGUGCAAGGAGAAACCUUCUUCACUCAGCACAUGCGUACCGAAGCCGAUGCCCAAGAGCGAGACGGUCGGUCUGAUCAGAGUGCAUAUGGGUGUGCACGGCCUUUGCGUCAACAACGAACCGCUCGACGGAUUCCAGGAGUGCAGAGGCUCGUGUGACUCCGGAACUCUGUAUAACAACCAGACCGGCAUCCACGACUCGUCGUGCGAGUGCUGCCAGGCGACGCGCUACGCGCCGCUGCUGGUGUCGCUGCGCUGCGCGGACGGCUCGCGGCAGGCGCACCGCGUGGCCAGCACGGCCGCCUGCGCCUGCGCGCGCUGCGGGCAGCCCGCCGCGCGCUGGUACCCCAGCAAGACCGGUUACUCGCAAGCGACCAACCAGCCGACGCCUCACUACGGGAGCCAGGAGUCCAAGGAGCCCGACGAGUACACCGUGCCCGACAUGUUCUUCCGCUACGGGACUGCGGCCCCUCGCCGUCAGUUCUGAUCGUCACCUAGUCAUUUCGAAGAGGGGAUAGGAAUUAAAUUAAAGAUUUUGUGACUUUAUGCUUGCGAAAUACUUCGAAUGCGUCCUUUAUGUCCAAUAUAAUACAACAUAAACAUCCAAAAAAAUAUAACUUUCGUAUUGAUUAUAAAAUGUAUUAAUGGAAGAAAUAUCCAGUGAUGUUAAUCAGUUAUUAUUGUAAAUAACGAAUAAAACAACAUUGAUAAA